UUGUUUUUUCCUGUUCGAAAAGGGAAAUAAGAGCAGAGCAGAGUAUCAAUUGGAUGGACAGAAACUUCCCUACUACUUUUCCACUUGCUGCAGCUGAACUGUUCCAAAGAAAUAUACACUUCAGUUAUAUAUAUGUGUGCAAUUUUUUACUCUUGACACAAGGAGAGGUAAGCACAAUGUCUAUCCACUACAUUCCCAUCUUCUUCCUCCUAUUCUUGAGUUCGUUCUGCAAAUCGGAUGACCAGCUGACACAUGCAAAGCCACUCACCCACAGCGACAUGCUAAUCUCCAAUAGCGGGUACUUUGCUCUCGGCUUCUUCUCUCCCACCAGUACCAACAACAGCUUUUACCUUGGCAUAUGGUAUCACAGCCUCCCUGGACCACGCACCAUUGUGUGGGUGGCCAACCGAGACAACCCAAUCUCCACCCAUUCAUCUGCGACGUUAAUCAUCAACAACAGUUCUGAUCUGGUGCUGUCUGACUCCCAUGGCCACAAUAUAUGGAGGACGGAGACCAAUAUCACCGCUGGAGCCACCAGAGCCCAUGCAGUGCUACUUGACCAGGGGAACUUUGUCCUUCGCUUGCCGAAUGGCAUGGACAUAUGGCAGAGCUUCCAUUAUCCGACCGACACAAUACUUCCAGCCAUGAAAUUUGUGUUUAGCUACAAGGCAAAAAUCGUCGAGCGGCUCGUUGCUUGGAAGGGCUUGGAUGACCCAUCCUCUGGGGACUUUUCAUACAGUGGCGACCCUAGCUAUCCGUAUCUUCAAGUAUUGACUUGGAACAAGACCAUCCCAUACUGUCGCCUGGGUGUGUGGAAUGGUAUGCCAGUAGCCGGUGGCAGAAUAUUGACCAACACCAGCUCCAUCUUGUACCAAACGGUCAUCAACACCGGAGAUGAGUUCUACUUCGUGUACGCAAUCUCCAACAACUUACAAUUUCCUGAAAUGAAGGUUCCUGGAAAUUUCUUGCACAUACGGAACAAAAGCUUUGAUCAAUGCGAGGCCGUGUGCAACCACAACUGCUCCUGCACGGCUUUCGCUUAUGCCAAUAUGAGUGGUGGCAGUGCUAUGGCCGACCCGUCAAGAUGUUUGGUUUGGUCAGGGGAGCUUAUCGACAUUGGGAAGAUACCCAACGGCGAGAACCUACACAUCCGACUUGCCGAUACUGCUGUUGACAAGAAGGUCAGUUCAGUGAAGAUUACACUCCCGAUUAUAGCAUGCCUACUGCUACUAUCAUGCAUAGCCCUCGUCUGGAUAUACAAAUACAGAGGUAAACGGCGAAAUGAGGAGACCCAGAGGAAAAUGAUGCUAGGAUACUUUAGCACGUCCAAUGAGCUCGGAGGAGAAAAUACAGAAUUUCCAUUUGUUAACUUCAAAGACAUCCUUUCAGCCACAAAAUUCUUUGCUAACUCCAACUUGAUUGGACGGGGAGGUUUUGGCAAAGUUUACAAGGGAACACUAGAGGGUGGAAAGGAGGUAGCUGUCAAAAGGCUUAGUAAGGGUUCUGGACAAGGUACAGUAGAGUUCAAAAAUGAAGUAGUUCUAAUCUCCAAACUACAGCACAAGAACCUGGUCAGGCUUCUUGGAUGCUGCAUUCAUGAAGAUGAGAAGUUACUGAUCUACGAAUACUUACCUAACAAAAGUCUGGAUGCCUUUCUUUUCGAUGCUGCACAAAAGCACGUACUUGAUUGGUUCACACGGUUCAAGAUAAUUAAAGGGAUAUCAAGAGGCCUUCUUUAUCUCCAUCAAGAUUCAACAUUAACAAUAAUCCACAGAGAUCUUAAAACAAGCAACAUCUUGUUGGACACAGAGAUGACCCCCAAAAUUUCAGAUUUCGGUAUGGCAAGAAUCUUUGGUGCAAACCAGAACCAAGCAAACACGACCCGGGUUGUUGGGACAUACGGCUAUAUGUCACCUGAAUAUGCGAUGGGAGGUGCUUUUUCUGUAAAAUCAGACACAUAUAGCUUUGGUGUUCUUCUCUUGGAGAUUGUUAGUGGAUUGAAGAUCAGCUCAUCCCAUCUCAUAGCAAACUUUUGUGGUCUUAUUGCUUAUACAUGGAGAUUAUGGGAAGAUGGAAAAGCAAUUCAAUUGGUAGACUCUUCAGUUUUGGCAAGCUGCCCGCAUGACGAAGUUCUACGGUGUAUCCAUGUGGCACUCUUGUGUGUUCAAGACCGUGCCAGCGAUAGGCCCCUAAUGUCAUCAGUUAUUUUUAUGUUGGAAAACAAAACUACGUUCCUUCCGGCUCCAAAGCAACCUGUAUAUUUUGCAGUGAGUAACUGUGGGGAUGGAGAAGGAAGUGAGAGCAUGGAGAAUUCCUUGAAUGGAGUAAGUAUCACAACACUCAAGGGCCGUUAGAUGUUUCACAACUUAUUGUAGCAAAUUUGAGUACAACUAGUUGUAUAGUUUUAUGGUUCACUUUCCGUGAACUGAAAUUUCCGUAGGUGGUUGUAAUAUUCGUGAGUUUAUUAUAUGAGAAAUUUGAAUAAUAAUUGCUACCCCGGACCUGAUCGAUACAACCAACUGAAUUUUAA